CCCUGUCUUCUGGCGUUGUUGUGAUCCCUUUCAAUCAAGCCCUAGCUCUAGUUCCAGCUUCCAGAUCUACCACUUCCGACGACUGGAAUUUAUUAAACGGAGUCUUGCGGCAGGCAAUGGCCGGAAGGGAGGUUCGAGAAUACACAAACCUUAGCGAUCCAAAAGAUAAAAAGUUGGGGAAGGGGAAGGAUAGAAUAGAUGACGAAGAGGUUACUUUUCAGCGGAUGGUUGCCAAGAUGCAAGAGGUAGCUGGAGAGCGCGGAGGCUACCUUCAUGGUCGAGGAGCACUCGACAGCGAUGAUUUACUUUAUCUCAAGGAGCAGAUGGAGGCUGAAGAAGAUGCAGAGCGUCUUCUACGUAGAACAGAAAAGCGAGCCUUUGCUGCAUUUAAAAAGGCUGUGGCUGAAACUUCCCCGGCAUCAGUCCCCCUGCCACUACGUGUGGAGCCAAAAACCAAGAGCGGAAUAAGGCAACAGGACUUGUUGAAGCGUGUGGUUGAAGUCAAACCAAAGCGUCAGAGAGUUUCAAGCCCGUCCUUGGAUGCAGAUGGAUCUUCCUCUACGACUUGGAGUGAACAGCCACAGUCACCUAAAACGCAUCAAACUAUAUCUAAAGUUGAUCACGCAGAGAAAGAUCAGCCUUCUGCAGGCAAAGUGGGAGGGGAGGGAAAGCUGGAUAACCCGGUUAAAAGUUUGUUAGUAGCGUACGAAAGUUCUGAGGGUGAAGAUUGAUUGAUGAUUGCAGAAUGUAACCAUGUUUUCUUUCGCAGCUUGUCAUCUACUUGAUACUCGCUCCCCCGUCUGUCUUCCCAUUCGAUAUUUCUGUCUACUAGGUGAAAAGGUUACCCACAUUACAGGUGAUAAGAUUGGUGGUGGCUUUAAAAACUGUAGUGUAGGCAAGGCAAGGCAAGACUGGCUUGCCUGCUUACAGGUGCCGCCUGGUCCAAAUUAAAUGUUACAGCGUAUAUCCCAAUGGGAUUUUAGUUUAAGCAAAAGUGGCGGGAGCCAUGUUGUACGAGCU